CCACCAUGGCCUUGGCACGGGCCAACAGUCCCCAGGAGGCAUUGCUUUGGGCCUUGAAUGACCUUGAGGAGAACAGUUUCAAGAUGCUGAAGUUCCACUUACGGGAUGUGACCCAAUUUCAUCUGGCCCGAGGGGAACUGGAGGGUCUGAGUCAGGUGGACCUGGCAUCAAAACUGAUUUCAAUGUACGGAGCACAGGAAGCUGUGAGAGUGGUGAGCAGGAGCUUGCAGGCCAUGAACUUGAUGGAGCUUGUAGACUACCUCAACCAGAUUUGUCUGAAUGAUUACAGAGAAAUCUACCGGGAGCGCGUGCGCUGUUUGGAGGAGAGGCAAGAUUGGGGUGUUAAUAGCAGUCACAAUAAGCUGCUUCUGGUGGCCACAUCCAGUUCAGGGAGUCGCAGAUCACUUUCCCGUUCUGACCUGGAACAGGAGUUGGAUCCUGUCGAUGUGGAGACUUUAUUUGCUCCAGAGGCGGAGUCCUACUCAACCCCGCCCAUAGUGGUGAUGCAAGGAUCUGCGGGCACUGGAAAGACAACCCUGGUCAAAAAACUGGUGCAGGAUUGGGUCAAAGGGAAGCUGUACCCAGGCCAGUUUGAUUAUGUUUUCUACGUGAGCUGCAGAGAAGUGGUCCUGUUACCCAAGUGUGACCUGCCCAACCUCAUCUGCUGGUGUUGUGGAGAUGAUCAAGCCCCAGUCACAGAGAUUCUGAGGCAGCCUGAGCGGCUCCUGUUCAUCCUGGAUGGCUAUGAUGAGUUACAGAAGUCCAGUCGUGCCGAGCGCGUACUUCACAUUCUGAUGAGGAGAAGGGAGGUACCAUGCUCCCUUCUCAUCACCACGCGGCCUCCAGCUUUGGCGAGUCUGGAGCCCAUGUUGGGUGAACGGCGACAUGUCCAUGUCUUAGGCUUCUCUGAGGAGGAGAGGGAGACAUAUUUCAGCUCCUGUUUUACGGAUAAGGAACAAUUGAAAAACGCCCUUGAGUUUGUGCAAAACAAUGCUGUUCUCUAUAAAGCGUGCCAGGUUCCAGGCAUUUGCUGGGUGGUCUGCUCCUGGCUGAAGAAGAAGAUGGCGAGAGGCCAGGAAGUCUCAGAGACACCUAGCAAUAGUACAGACAUCUUCACUGCUUAUGUGUCCACCUUUCUGCCCACUGAUGGCAAUGGGGACAGCUCUGAGCUUACCAGGCACAAGGUACUGAAGAGUCUGUGCUCCUUGGCAGCGGAGGGGAUGCGGCACCAGAGGCUGCUAUUUGAGGAAGAUGUCCUCAGAAAGCAUGGCUUAGACGGCCCCAGCCUUACUGCUUUUCUGAACUGCAUCGACUACCGAGAGGGGCUCGGCAUCAAGAAACUCUACAGCUUUCGCCACAUCAGCUUCCAGGAAUUUUUCUAUGCCAUGUCCUUCCUUGUGAAGGAGGACCAGAGUCAGCUGGGAGAGGCCACACACAAAGAAGUGGCAAAGCUGGUGGAUCCGGAGAACUAUGAAGAGGUGACUCUCAGUUUACAGUUCUUAUUUGACAUGUUGAAAACAGACAACACCUUGAGCUUGGGGCUGAAGUUCUACUUCAAAAUUGCUCCUUCGAUAAGGCAGGAUCUGAAGCAUUUUAAAGAACAAAUAGAAGCCAUAAAGUACAACAGGCCAUGGGACCUGGAAUUCUCUCUCUAUGAUUCUAAGAUAAAGAAGCUCACACAAGGUAUCCAGAUCAAAGAUGUCAGUAUCAAUGUGCAACAUUUGGAUGAAAAGAAAUCUAGCAAGGGGAAGUCAGUUUUAGUGACAAGCAGCAUUAGUAGGAGGGGGGAGGUACAAAGUUCAUUCUUGGGAACAGGUAAAAGCACAAGGAAACAAAAGAAGGCAUCUAAUGGGAAAAGCAGAGGGACAGAGGAACCAGCCCGGGGGAUUAGAAACGGUAGGCUGGCAAGCAGAGAAAAGGGUCAUAUGGAGAUGAAUGAUAAGGAGGAUGGUGGGGUGGAGGGACAGGAGGAUGAGGAAGGACAGACACUUAAAAAUGAUGGAGAGAUGAUAGAUAAGAUGAAUGGGUAG